AUGCCGGAAACUGAAAUGAGUGGUUUGAAAGAACUUUUAAAGAAACGCAGUACGAUUAAAGGUCGUUUAACUAAAUUUAGAGAAUAUAUAACGGUUUUAAAUCAAAUUAAACCUGCAGAUUUAACUGGUGCUCAAGUAAAAGAAAUUUCAUUGAGAUUAACUAAAUUCCAAGAGUUGUUUACUAGUUUUGAUGAAUUGCAAGAUCAAAUUGAACUUUUAAGUACCGAUCAGGAUGAACAAAUUAGAGAAAGAGACUUCAUAGAAUCUCAAUUUUAUUCUUUGAUAUCGACUGCCCAGGAAAUAAUCGAUUCGAUUUCUCAAGGCAGGGAUCGAGCCGAGGGUUCUGUAAAUUCCAAGCCAUCGGCCACUUGUUCUCAUGCUCUUAAUACAAUCAAAUUGCCCACGAUUAAACUCCCGAAUUUUGACGGGAACUACUUAAAAUGGCUGGAAUUUAGAGAUACGUUCGACUCGUUAAUUAAUUCUAAUGAUACUAUACCUACGAUAAACAAAUUCCAUUACUUGAGGUCUGCUUUAGAAGGCAGUGCUACUGUUGUUAUAAAAUCCAUAGAAUUUACCUCUGCGAAUUACAGGGUUGCGUGGGAUUUAUUAUGUGAAAGGUAUAAUAAUAAAAAUAUUUUAAUAAACAAUCAUCUAAAGGCAUUGUUCAACAUCGAACCUAUAACGCGAGAGUCUUACAAGGCUUUGCGUUAUCUUAUUGAUCAAGUAUCUAAAAAUUUAAGAGCACUCGGAACGUUAGGCUUACCUACUGAGCAAUGGGACGUUUUGGUUAUAUUUAUGAUGUCAUCUAAAUUAGAUAUUAAUACAAAUAGAAAAUGGGAGGAAUACAAGGGUAACCUCUCCGAUUUACCUACGUUACUUGAAUUUAAGACUUUUCUUCGUAAUCGUGCGGAUGUGUUAGAAACCACUCAAGGUACCCGCUCGGAUAAACACACCCAUGACUACAAGUCUAAUUAUAAGUCACAACAAUCUUCUAAAUCAUUAGUUGCUGCUAAUACGGAAGUGUCAAAACGGAUUGUAUGUAGUAUAUGUAAGGAGGACCACCGUGUGUAUUUGUGUCCCGUCUUUUUAGACAUGAGUUUGGAGGACAGACAGAGUGAGGUAAAUAAAUUAAAAUUAUGUUCAAACUGUCUCCGCGAAGGGCACAAUGCGCACAGGUGCCGUUUAAAGGGUUGUUGUAGGUCAUGCAAGGGGAAACAUAACAGUUUACUCCAUAAAGAAAUUGCAGAGGUUUUGAAGGCUGCACCCGUCUCUUUGGCAAUAUCUAGCGCAAAAGAAGUACUACUGUGUACCGCUCUUGUAGAUAUAGUUAAUCCACAGAACAAUAGCUGUCAAAGGGCUCGAAUAUUAUUAGAUACUGGGAGUCAAUCCUGCUUCAUGACUACUAAUUUCAAAAAUAAAAUGGGUUUAUCUGUAAAUCGAGUGAAACCUGUAAACGUAUCGGGUAUAAAUAAUAUCGGUUUUGAUAUAUCUGAGCGCUGCUGUGUACAAUUAAAUUCUAGAGUAUCUUCUUUUACGGCUAAGUUGACAUGCCUCAUUGUACCUAGGAUUAUCGGUAGUGUGCCUAAUAACAAAAUUGAAUUGCAGAACUUGAACUUACCAUUAAACAUCGAGCUGGCCGACCCUGCAUUUUAUCAACCAGCUGAUAUUGACAUACUUAUAGGCGCAGAUGUCUUUUGGGAUAUUAUAGGUACACAACAGAUCAAGUUAGGUCAAGACAAGCCUACGUUGCUAGAUUCGAAACUGGGGUGGCUUGUGUCUGGCCCAGUAGGUAAAAGUACUUGUAAUGAUAAUUUUAUGUGUAAUUUUAAUCAAUUAGAUAUUUAUGAAAGUAUGAAAAGAUUCUGGGAAGUAGAAGAGUUACCUACGACCAAAGAAAAUUUAUUCUCUGUAGAAGAGCAAUUAUGUGAAACUCAUUUUGUAAAUAACACUUCAAGGUUAAGUAAUGGUAGAUUUUCAGUUAAAAUGCCGUUUAAAGAAUCACCUGAAGAUUCUUUGGAAUAUCAGGAAUUGGGACAUUUAUCAGAGGUUGAUCGACCUUCAUUUGGUUUUUAUUUACCUCACCAUGCGGUAGUACGCGAGGAGAAAGAAACUACAAAAGUGAGAGUCGUGUUCGAUGCGUCUGCUAAAUCAUCUUCUGGAAAGUCACUAAAUGAUAUCCAAUUGAUAGAAAUAGAUAACUCUCAACGUCAUUUACAGCUUAUCUUGUGGCGCGAAGAUGAGGAACAGCCUCUCAAAAUAUUAAAAUUAAACACUGUCACUUACGGUAUGGCUUCUGCUCCUCAUUUGGCCACUAGAUGUCUCUUGCAAUUGUCUCAGGAAUGCAAUGAUGAAACUGUUGCUAAUGUAAUUAAACGCGAUUUUUACAUGGACGAUCUGAGUACAGGUUCAAAUAGUGUCGAUGAGCUCAGAAAAAUAUACAACGGUGUCACUCAAACUUUAGAGUCUGCAUGUUUUCCUUUGCGCAAAUUUCGCACAAACUGCUCUGAAUUAUUUGAAAAUCAAACUGAUGUGUGUGAGGUUCGUGACUGGAACAAACAAUCUAGCGUCCUAGGUCUUAACUGGUCACCCAAAUCGGACACGCUUUUCUUUUCUACAGAUAUACCGGUUGACAAUGUUAUCACGAAAAGGACAGUUACUUCCAUGACCUGCAAGAUUUUUGAUCCGUUGGGUUUAUUAUCUGCAAGCAUUAUAAAGUCAAAAAUCUUUCUUCAACAAUUGUGGAGUAAUAAAGUCGAUUGGGAUCAGCCUCUUCCUAGUGACGAAGCUAGUAAAUGGACUUCUUUUAUUCAAAAUUUGGCUCAAUUGUCAUCAAUAGUAAUACCUAGGCAUGUGUUAAAAUAUACUAAUUGUGACAUUGAUCUGCAUUGCUUUGUGGACGCAUCUCAGCACGCAUAUGGGGCCACUGUGUACUUACGAACCGUAGAUAGAGAAGGGCACGUUAAUGUACAGCUGUUAUGCGCUAAAGCACGAGUGGCGCCAUUAAAAACGUUGACGAUACCACGCCUUGAGCUAUGUGGUGCGUUGCUAGGGGCACGAUUGUGUGCCAAGGUUAUAAAAUCACUUACUUGUAAUAUUAGCAACAAAAAAAUAUGGACCGAUUCUACGAUUGUGCUAGGUUGGUUAAACACUCAAUCCCGAAAUUUAAAAACCUUUGUUUUAAACAGGGUAAUCGAAAUAAACGAUCUUACUAAGGAAUUCGCAUGGAUGCACGUACCAACAGAUCAGAAUCCUGCUGAUUUAGUCUCCAGAGGGAUUGACCCGCAGCAGCUUCAGGAUUCUACUUUGUGGUGGCGAGGUCCUUCCUUCUUAGCGAAGGAAGAAUCUGAGUGGCCUAUACAAGGGUCCUUUGCAACUAAUAAUUUACCAGAGUUAAAAGUAUUUACAUGUACGAAAGUGGACACUAAAAUUAAUAACUGUUCACUUGUAAAAUUCGAAAAAUAUUCUCGAUAUGAUAAAUUAAAGAGGAUCGUAGCUUAUGUCUUAAGAUUUAUAAAUAAAUGUCGUAAAAAUGCUGUAAGUAAUGAUGUAAUUGAACCUGAGGAACUGGAGAACUCGUUAAUGUUGUUAGUUAAGCAAGCUCAGUUAGAAUCGUUUGCUAAUGAACUUUAUACUAUUGCUAAAGAUAGAAGUUUGCCUCUUAAGUCUAAAUUACUGCCUUUAGAUCCAUUUAUAGAUACGUUAGGAAUUCUCCGAGUGGGUGGUAGGUUGCAAAAUUCAAAAUUUGAUUUUAAUAAAAAGCAUCCUAUUUUAUUAGACGGCAAACAUCAUUUUUCUAAAAUACUCAUGAGGCAUGAACACUUUCGUUUACUUCAUGCUGGUCCACAGUUAUUACUAGCUGCGGUACGCGAAGAGUUUUGGCUUAUCGGGGGCAGAAACUUAGCUCGCAGCGUAACGAGAAAGUGCAUUGUUUGUGCGCGUAUGCGUGGUCAAGUGAUAAAACCUAUAAUGGGUACUUUACCGUCUGUAAGAGUAUCCUCAAGCUUCGCUUUUGAUACUUGCGGAAUUGAUUUCGCUGGGCCUUUUUUAAUUGCUAGCAAAAAGGGUCGUGGCAGUAAUAUAACCAAAUGUUUCCUUGCACUGUUUGUUUGUCUUCAAACAAAGGCUCUGCACUUAGAGACGGUGAGCUCAAUGUCUAGCGAUGCUUUUCUUCUUUGCCUACGCAGGUUUGUGUCUCGACGGAGCAGAUCUCAAGUAAUUUACUGCGAUAAUGGUACUAAUUUUGUGGGUGCAAAGAAUGAAUUAGGUAGGGUUCUUAAAGCCAGCCGUCAGUCCGUGUCCGAUUACGCAGGCGCUGAAAAGAUUAAGUUUGUAUUCAGUCGCGCAUACGCGCCUCAUUUCGGAGGAAUCUGGGAGGCUGGUAUUAAGUCAGCAAAGAGCCAUUUAAAACGUGUAGCAAGCAAUGCUUCUCUGACGUUUGAGGAACUAGCGACGCUUUUUACCCAAAUAGAAGCAAUCCUUAAUUCCCGCCCGCUAUCUCCUCUUUCGUCAGACCCCACUGAUCUAUAUCCAUUGACUCCAGGACACUUUUUGAUUGGGCGACCUCUGAUGUCGGUGCCGUCACUGCCUGUCACCACUAAAAGGCCUAACAGAUAUGAGUUUAUUGAGCAGCUGAGACAACACUUUUGGGAGCGUUGGCGCAGGGAGUUCAUCGCUGAGCUCCAGCAAAGAACGAAAUGGCGAACUCGGCAGCGUGACCUUCAAAUCGGCGACAUGGUUGUCCUGAAAGAAGACCAAUUACCUCCACUACGAUGGCGCCUUGGGCGCAUUACUCGAUUGUACCCUGGUCCAGAUGGCAUAAACAGAGUAGCAGAUAUCUUCACAGCAAAAGGAACCACGAGGAGAGCAUUCAAUAAAAUAUGCCUUCUUCCAACAUCUCUGGAUGCCUAA